CUCUCUGCGCCUCGCUCGGACUCCGAGGCGCACUGCCGAGCCCGGGGGGCGCCGCUGCUCCUCGGCCUCGGGUCCCCGGACGCGCCGCGGCCAGGCUGCGCCCGGCUGGGGCGCCGCUCCGAGUUGCGGGGGCUCGGGCUGCCGCUCGCCGCUCCGUCUGGCCGGAGGACUGCGGGGAAGGAAGGGGACAGCGGGGACACGCACACCCGCCGCGGCGCGCGCGCAUUGCACACUCGCAGCCGCGCGCCCCCGCCGAGGCGCGUCCGGGGCGAGUUUGGCCCCGCGGCGCGGGCCCCGGCACCUGCCCGCCCCGGGGGCUGCCCCGCGGCCCCGGCCCCGCCCCGCCGCCCCUCCCGCCCCUCGCCUGCGCCGCUCUCGCAUCGCCGGGGGGAAGCAACAACGUCCCGGUAACUUGCAGACUGUGGCGCAACUGGUCUCGACAGCGGUGGCACCCGAGUGCUGCCCGGGUGAGGAACCUGGGAAAGAAAACAAUCUCAACAAUGAAUAGGCCACCCAUCACUACCAACUACAGAUGACUUGUCAUUUCAUUUACAAAGAUGUCGUCUGCUGCUGAAAAUGGAGAUGCAGCACCUGGGAAACAAAAUGAAGAAAAAACCUAUAAAAAGACUGCAUCAUCUGCUAUUAAAGGUGCUAUUCAGCUGGGAAUAGGAUACACAGUGGGCAAUCUCACUUCCAAGCCAGAACGAGAUGUUCUCAUGCAAGACUUUUAUGUGGUGGAAAGUGUGUUCCUACCCAGCGAAGGGAGCAAUCUGACCCCAGCACAUCACUACCCAGACUUCAGAUUUAAGACAUAUGCUCCGUUAGCAUUCCGAUACUUCAGAGAACUUUUUGGUAUCAAGCCUGAUGAUUACUUGUAUUCCAUCUGCAGUGAACCUCUAAUAGAGCUGUCCAACCCUGGAGCCAGUGGAUCUUUGUUUUUUGUGACCAGUGAUGACGAAUUUAUCAUCAAAACAGUUCAGCAUAAAGAAGCUGAGUUCCUCCAGAAGCUACUGCCAGGCUAUUACAUGAAUUUAAACCAGAAUCCAAGGACUCUUUUGCCAAAAUUUUACGGACUGUAUUGCAUGCAGUCAGGGGGCAUUAAUAUCAGGAUUGUGGUGAUGAACAACGUUUUGCCACGCUUCAUGAAAAUGCACUUUACUUAUGACUUGAAAGGCUCGACGUAUAAGCGAAGAGCAUCCCGAAAAGAGAGAGAGAAAUCCAACCCCACGUUUAAGGACUUAGAUUUCCUGCAAGACAUGCACGAAGGGUUGUAUUUUGAUACAGAAACGUACAACGCACUUAUGAAAACACUUCAGAGAGACUGCCGGGUGCUAGAAAGCUUCAAGAUUAUGGACUAUAGCCUUUUGCUGGGGAUCCACAUCUUGGACCAUUCCCUCAAAGAGAAAGAAGAGGAGACCUCACAAAAUGUGCCUGAUGCUAAGAGGUCUGGGGUGCAGAAGGUCCUCUACUCAACAGCCAUGGAAUCUAUCCAGGGUCCAGGGAAAUCUGCAGAUGGGAUCAUCACGGAAAACCCAGACACAAUGGGAGGCAUUCCAGCUAAAAGCCAUAAGGGAGAAAAACUACUUUUAUUUAUGGGCAUUAUUGACAUUCUUCAAUCAUACAGGUUAAUGAAGAAGUUAGAACAUUCCUGGAAAGCUCUUGUUUAUGAUGGCGACACUGUUUCCGUUCAUAGACCAAGCUUUUAUGCAGACAGAUUUCUUAAGUUCAUGAAUUCCAGAGUUUUCAAGAAAAUUCAAGCCUUGAAGGCCUCCCCUUCUAAGAAACGGUGUAAUUCCAUCGCCGCCUUAAAGGCAACCUCGCAGGAGAUCGUGUCCUCAGUUAGCCAGGAAUGGAAGGAUGAGAAGCGGGAUUUGCUGACCGAAGGACAAAGUUUUAGCAGCCUUGAUGAAGAAGCCCUGGGAUCCCGACACAGGCCAGACUUGGUGCCCAGCACCCCAUCGCUGUUUGAAGCUGCUUCCUUGGCGACCACAAUUUCAUCUUCUUCCUUGUAUGUCAAUGAACAUUAUCCACACGACAGGACUACACUUUAUUCAAACAGUAAAGGGUUACCUUCCAGUUCAACACUUACCUUGGAAGAGGGGACCAUCUACUUGACCGCUGAGCCGAGCGCUCUGGAAAUACAGGAUGACAAUGUCUCUGUGCUCGACGUCUAUUUAUAAGAGAAAAUGGUGACCACCUAAACACAUGGAUGAGACACGAACCUAAACACGUGGAUGAGACACGAACACGGUUACGGGAGAGAAGUUUCUCCACUGCAGAAUUAUCCACAGGAACUUGGCUGAGCCCCACUACACACAGAGAAAUGAUCAGUUUGAUUUAGGAGAGUUUGCAAGAUGUCAGGAGAGUCUUGAUCCAUAGGCUGAUCGGUAGAUGGGAUGUGAAAACUACCACACUAUUCUGUCAUUUGCUGUUGCUUGCUCAACUGUGAAGAACUGCAUGAACUAUAUUUAAGCUGCUUUCUCUACCAUUGCCAAUCAUCUUUUUUGACUUGGAAGUGCUAUUUUCCUAUGGACUCUUGCAUUAUUUCAUUUUGCAUGCAUCCGGUGAUUAUACAUAAGCAACAUAUGUAAUCUGCUUAUAUAUUUUUUAAAAAUCCAUCCGUGCAAAAUGGUAAAUAAAGUAUAAAUUCUGCUUUUUUUGCAAAAUUAUAAUCAUAGCCCAUGUCAUGAAAGUUUAAAUUGGUUUCAUUUAAAGAUCAAUGUACUAGGUCUGCCUUUACUUUAUAGAAAACUAGCUUCUAUAAAGAGUUUUUCACUGUUUACUAGUGAAAUGAGAAAAGCAAAGCUAUUUAUAAAAGGCCUUAUGUCGUGUACAUACAUUGUCUUUGAAAUACUUGUGAUUUAGUUUAUUGCUUGUAAAAGAGAAAUUAUAUAAUUUAUUUAGUAAAUACAACUGUAAACUAUAGUUUUAUUGAGAGAAAUAAAAUAUUUUGUUCUCA